CCUGGCGCUCACGGGGCAUCGAAGAGCCAAGGAGGGCUGAAACGGCACGUCCCCCAAACGCUUCCCUCUCUGGUCCUUUUGGGGCACUUAACGCGCUCUGCUCAAGGGAGUCCGAGGGCCUACACUCGGCUUUCCCUGCUAAGGUGUCAUUCUUCCUUCUGUAAGCUCCACAACUGGCUGGUUGAUGUGAGCUGUCUAGGAGAUGGGGAAAACGAGACGCUUUCAAAUUGGGGGAAUUAUCCUGGUAAAUUACUGCAGUUUUUCAGCAACAGAAUUUCAAGGUGCAGCUGGGCCUUUCAGCCAUUGCAUCGAUUUUCAAAUGCCACCCGCAGCAUGCGAAGUGUGAAGAGCCCAGUGUGAAGCUCCUCAAAGACACUGCAGCACUUGUCCACCAGCAGACAGGACGUGUCUGUGCUGAGUCACCAGAAAAGCAAGCUAAGCCCGGAGCCGUUAUUGCACGGGCAAGCAGAGUUGGUUUCCAGAGGAGCUGCAUGCACUCGUUUCCCUCUCCCACUCAGUACUUUCUCUCCUCUUUCGAGCUGGCUCCUGGCUUUAACUGGAGCUUUUGACAGAGAAGGGAAUGACUGCAUCUCAUUUUCAUUGGGAUGUGGCCGUCCAAAUGUCUGCAAGGAAUCUUACAGGGAGCACGGAGCCUGGGCAAACAUCUGUGAGGCUGCAGCUUUUGACUGUUUGAAACAGGCCUUCUUUGGGCUCGGCACCUGCAGGCCACCGCACAGCGGUAGCCGGAAGGCUGCUGCCAGAGCUGCAACACAACAAAAGCGUGGCAGCCCAAGAAUCCGCGCGCAGCUCUUCUGCACGUUGUCCAACGUUAAGGUGCCAAAGAAAGAGCAAGCAGGAAGAGAGGAGCUUUGUGUCAGGAGACAAGCCAACAUCUCCCUGUCAGAAAGGGAGGUCAGGCUCCAAACUGAGUCAGAGCAAAGGUCAGCAUGCACCUACGUGCUCAAGAAGCAACUGCGCACUGCAAUACUCCUGGAAACUGAUUUCCUUGGCUUCUUUUGUCCCCUAAAUGUCAUCAAAGCAGUUAGGGCUUUCAGAAGCAACAAAGAUGCCAGCAGGAACAAGCACACUUGCUUUUAGUCAAAGCCUUGGGGAGGAAAAGUCACGUUUGCUUGGAUUUCUUGGGGCCCUGCUGGAUCGGUGCAUUUUCGGAGUUACCCCGGGAUGCCUUGAGCACUGGCUUAUGGACGGUCACCUCACACGCGGAUGGAGACACGCCCGUCCUUUGGGCUCACCAGCAGGGUCAGCACCUCCUCUGGCUCCCUCUCUUGCUGAGGAAGAGGCUGAAGAGGAGCCAAAUGACAAGAAGCCUCCAUCUGUUGUCCAUCCACAGCCUGAACGUGCAGAGCCACUCUCUCUUGACGCGCGCUCUGCCGUUCAACGUGCCGCUGCACCGGCGCGGUCUGCAGCAGCCAGCACUCCCCCACAUGCCAGCACUUCGUCCAGCAGCCCAGCCCAGCAGCUGGAGAUGAGAGAGGAGCAGAGCCUGAGGAGACUGAGGAGCAUUGUGAGUCUGGGCGAGCCGAGGAGGAAAUACUCGGCGUUUGAAGAACUCGGACGAGGGUAAGUCUGACGCCUGCUCCUUACGCAAAACCGUGGGCCCAGUCUCUGGCCGGUGUAGCGUCAAGCGUGACAUCAGGCAAGCUGCGAACACGGUCAGACUCUGGCUUUACCUUCCUGCCACCUCUCAGGACUGCUCAGUCACAGCAGUCAGAAGGCAUCAUCAAAGACAACCUGGUGCUGGCAAGGUCUGCCUUGCUUGCAGCAAGGAGCAGGGCCUGGAAGAUGUCCCGCCCCUGCCGCAGUAUGCCGGCCUACCAGAGCACCUUGUCACCCGAGAGCUGGCAGAUAACACUUCUCCAAGGCAGAGUUUUCCAAGUUCUUCUUCUCCAGUUUUUCCAAAGGGUCCCCCUUAGGCUGGGAACGGAACCGAUCGGGCGUGUGCCUUGGAGAUUUGUAGCAGCCCUUGGUGUUCACAUUGGGCCUCCGUUUUCUCCCGGACACCCUGCAUGGCAGAGGGCUGCUGGGCUGUUGUGCUAAUGGCG